AUUAUUUGGCUAGUUAAAAAAUCACCUAGAGGUACACCUACAACACUAGGUCUAGGUGGAUGAUGCUACGUUUCACUUUCUCAAAAACAUCAAAUCUGAAAGAAAGAGAAGAUAAGCUCAAAAAAGCCAAAGCCAAAGCCAAAGCCAAAGCCAGAAGAAACCCCCAAUUCCACUCCCCAUAUAAAACCCCCUCCCGACAUUCCCCUCAAUUUAGAGUUACUGAAGCAAGCAGGGUGCGCCCCCAAUUCUAGAGAGAGAAAAAGAGAUGGCGAUCUCCGAUGCGGUGGUCGGGAACCUGACGACGCUGUACCUGGCGGUGAUUUUGGCUAUCAAAGUGUACGGCCUGGCGGCUGGGAAGAGCUUCACUGGCGUUUAUGUGCUGGUGAUAUCGACGGCUGUGGUUGGACUCACCUUGAUUGGGGCGCUGACGUGGGACGUGUCGCGUAAGGCCACGUAUGCAGUACUGACGCAUGAUCGAGCCAAUCAGAUUUGUCGAGGGGGUAUAUGUUGGCACGGCGUCGCUGUCCGGUCCCCGGCGUCGCAAGUCCGCUUUAGGCUUCCACAACACCACCACCACCACAACCACCGCGUAUAAACUCGUCAAGAAGUCAAAAGCAAAGAAAAAGAAUAUAGGGUUUUGAAUUUUCCACACACUGACUAUAUGUAUAUAUAGUACUUAUAUGCAAUUUUGCUUUACAUUUUUGUGUGUGAUGUAUAUAGACGUAUACAUACUUCUACAUAUGUAUAAUACUUGAGAGUUGUUUGUGC